UACAUAGAAAAAAAUCGUAAAAGUGUGUCGUCAAUUUGACAUCUAAAUAACGGCGUCUGAUUUUAUUACUGCAGCGCUCAAUUUGAACUGUGUGGUGCGGUAUGCCAAGAGACAAAGAUGUUUGCGAUUUCCUGGAUGCUGCAUUUUACAAGUCGCCAUAUCGAGACAGGAGAAGUGACUUUUCACCGCAUGAAUUAUCUCAGUGUUUAAAGGAAUCGACUACUCUCUAUGUUGGCAAUUUAUCUUUCUAUACACGAGAAGAACAAAUUUGGGAAUUAUUCAGUCGUGCCGGUGAAAUUAAACGUGUUAUUAUGGGUUUACACAGAUUUAGUAAAACUCCGUGUGGAUUUUGUUUUGUGGAAUAUUGUACACGUGAAGGUGCAGAAGUUGCAAUGCGAUAUAUUAACAAAACACGAUUGGAUGAUCGAAUAAUUCGUACAGACUGGGAUGCAGGUUUUGAAGAGGGAAGACAAUAUGGAAGAGGACGAAGUGGUGGACAGGUGCGAGAUGAAUUCCGUAGAGAUUACGAUGCUGAAAGAGGCGGUUUUGGCAAAAUCAUUCAACGAGAAGGAGAAUAACUUAAUUUUUAUUUCAAAAUUUUGUAUUUUAUUGUAAAAAAAAAAAAGAAAAUUCAAAUGUACAUACACUUGGGUGUUUUUUAUUAAUGAAAUUUGGUUGGUUAUUCUGCCUAGUAAUUCAAUAUAUAUAUAUAAGGAGGAAAUAAUCUGUUUUCGAUAGAGAAAGGCGGAACAAAUUUGCAGGAUAAAAUGUUGUGAUAUCAUCAGUCUAUUUCACACACAGGUUUUCCCCCACAUCAGCUAACUGAAAACUAUCUGAAAUUCCCUAUUAGUUUGUUUAUUAGAGUGAAACAGUAUUAUUUACUGGAUGACAUGGUUUCGAACGAAAUUUGUUGUGGUUCAUAACCAUUUCAUCAAUUACAAUCACACGACUUCGAAACUUCAGUUU